CCCUAACCUUAGCAAAAUAGGACCCCCGUCUAUAGUCCUCGCCUUGAAAUUUGUACUUAUCAUCCAUCUCUCAUUUACGAUCUGUCACCGUGCCAGUCACAGAAUUAAAAACGACACUCUGACAUCAGAAUGUCUCUCAAAGUUCCCAAGGCGAAUAAUAUCCAACUCUUCAAAGAUGGAUACAAAUAUCUUCAGGGAAUUGACGAAGCAGUCCUCCGCAAUAUCCAAGCCGUGAAUGAACUUUCUGAUCUCGUUAGAACCAGUUUCGGGCCCAAUGGCAGGAACAAACUUCUGAUUAACCAUCUCGGGCGAUUAUUUGUUACAUCCGAUGCAGCAACGAUCAUUCGUGAGGUCGAAGUCGUGCAUCCUGCCGCUAAACUUCUUGUUAUGGCUUCACAGGCGCAGGAGGCCGAGAUGGGAGACGCUACCAACACAGUCCUCAUUCUUGCCGGAGAAUUACUAAAGAAGUCCGAGCAGCUGUUGGUCUUGGGUUUACAUCCUUCCGAAGUGAUUAAAGGCUACGAGCUUGCAUGUACGAAAGCCCUAGAGGAACUCGAUAAACUAUCUACAUUCUCCCUUCCCUCUCCCCUGACAUCUUCUUCUCUUGCAUCAGCACUAAAGCCCGCGAUUGCCUCAAAACAAUAUGGAUUUGAAGAUACCUUAUCCGCUCUUGUGGCAGAAGCCGCAUUAGCUGUGAUGCCGCCCAACCCCAAAAAUUUCAACGUUGAUAACGUACGGGUCGUCAAAAUAAUGGGUGGUGGGCUAAGUGCUAGUCGGGUAGUGCAGGGUAUGGUGUUCGGUCGGGAACCAGAGACAAUGAUCAAAAAAGUGACGAGAGCCAAAGUGGCGGUCUUCACAUCGGCGCUCGACAUUGCUCAGACAGAGACGAAGGGAACAGUUCUUAUAAAAAAUGCGGAUGAGAUGCUCAAUUUCACGAAAGGAGAAGAACAGCAUUUGGAGAAAAUCUUCAAAGAAAUCGCAGAUUCUGGCGUCAAAGUCAUCAUAGCUGGCUCAUCAGUUGGAGAACUCGCGCUACAUUAUCUCAAUCGAUUCAAUAUCGCCGUUCUGAAGGUCCUUUCCAAAUUUGACUUGAGGAGAUUAUGUCGGGUAGUCAACGCGACUCCUCUUGCACGAAUCGGCGCCCCAACACCUGAAGAGGCUGGCUUUGUUGAUGUCUUUGAAACUGUCGAGAUUGGCGGAGACAGAGUGACUGUCCUACGACAACUUUCCCCGGGUGAACCAGGUUUCGAUCCGACUUCGGGGGGCGAAAAAACUCGCACGGCAACUAUCGUGUUGCGCGGUGCUACAGCUAACCAUUUAGAUGAUUUGGAACGAGCGAUCGACGAUGGUGUCAAUGUCAUCAAGGCAUUGCUCAAGGAUCCUCGAAUGGUACCUGGUGCGGGCGCGACUGAGAUCGAGCUUGCGAAAAAGAUCGAGUCUUAUGGAAGUGGAUUGAAGGGAUUAGUGCAGCAUGCGGUGAAGAAGUAUUCAAGUGCUCUAGAAGUCGUUCCGAGGCAGCUCGCAGAAAACGCGCUCGGUGGUGCAAUAGCCAACGAAGUAGUAAGCAGACUUUGGGCCAAACACGAAGAAAAAGGUGGCGCACAGUGGGGUGUUGAUGUCGAGGCGGACACAGAUGGCACACUGAAGGCAUCUGAACAUAAAAUUUAUGAUUCUCUGGCUGCAAAAUCCUGGGCGAUACGUCUGGCGACGGAGGCUGCUGUGUCGGUGUUGAGCGUAGAUAGUAUCAUCAUGAGCAAACCCGCGGGUGGUCCAAAAAUCCCUCAACAAUCGGGCAACUGGGAUGACGACGAUUAGUUGUAGAAUCUACAUGUACUUCCUUGUAAAGCCAAUACUAAUAAGAUAGGUG